AUGCAGCGACGAUGGUCCGUGCAAGCUGCAAGCCUCCAUGGAGAGGGACUUUUUCGUGCCACCACAGCUACGGUGAUCCUGUCUCGUCUCGGGGAAAUAUUCUCUGCAACCCCACUGCAGGAGGAUCUCUUUCAAGAAACCAUGCAUGUGGAGGCCAUCGAUAUCUUCGUCAGUCACUCCUGGGCCGCAGGCCGCUUUUCAAAGUUCUUGGCCAUGUGCUUCGCCUUGAACUUGAACCUGGCUAUGAAAACCACGCUCGCCGCAAGUAUUCUGGGUCAAUGCUUGCUCGCACUGCUCCCUCCACAAUCCGUUACCAUGCUCUUUCUGAUCGCAAUGGAUAUGCCGGUGCUUUUGUUCUUCCUUGUGCUCUUGUUCGGACAGCAAAUCACUUGUGGAAUUUGGGGCCCCAGCCUUUGGCUAGACAAAAUCUGCGUCAAUCAAAACAUCCAGUCGGACAAGAAGAAGGCGAUCGCAGGCCUUGCUGCAUUUGUGGCACGCUCUUCUCAGAUGCUGGUGCUCUGGGAUGAGACUUACUUUCAGAGGUUAUGGUGCAACUUCGAGCUAUCUGUAUUCCUGAAAUGCCACGACGUGAAGAAGCUCCAGUUCGUCCCACUGUGGCUCCCACCAUGGCUUCUGACCACGAUGACAUGCUGCUAUGCUGGAGGGCGUCUCGCCGCCAUCGCUGCGGCGUCCGCUGACACCCAGGCUCUAGAAGAUCAGAGCGGUAGCCAACAGCUGGGGCAUGGUACUACCCUCGCUUUCGGGACGAAACGACUGCUGAAGUACAUCGUAGAUGGCCAGGGUUUCCUCGCCUUCUUCAUUCCUUCAUUGAUAUUCAGCAUCGCAUCCUUCCAUGCAAAGCUUGAUGGCCACCGGUUGAUGCUUGAGAGCCUCCGAAACUUCGACCUAAGAGCAGCGGAGUGUGCCAUUGAAGAGGAUCGACUUCAAAUUGAGGCACAAGUCUGUGAGCUUUUCGAUGGCCUGGAAGAGCCGAUAAUUGUAUCUCCACUUGAAUGUUCUGCCACCUUCUCGGACGGCGAGGAGACCAGCUUGCCUUGGCUUUCAGUGGAGGAGAGGCGUGCGAUACGCGCAGUCACAGGUUAUGCUGAUGAUGGCGAGUGCAUCGGGGCAUUUAAUUCGUUCGUGCGCGGGCCCCUUCUAAAUGCAGUCAUGGAAGACCUGGGAGACGAAGUGCAAGCACCGUGGCUUGUGUGUUCCUUGAGUUUUCUUCCUGCAACCUUGUGCUUCGUGGCCUUGACGUUCAAUUUGGCGCCCACCUUCCGCAACGCAGGGUUUCCUUCGGUUGAGCUCUUUGUCGCCGUGAACUACGUUCAGACUCUGUGCAUGACCCUUCUCAUUCUACCCUUGGCACAUCCGCUGCUUCUGCGUGCGAUGAGUGUCUUUGCAACCAUAACUGGCAUCGGAGUGCUACGAGGCAUGUUGGCUUUGGGCGCAGGGCUUGCUAUCUACAGCUCUCUUCUGCUCGUGUCGUCCGUGCUCUGUGCAUCACUGGAAGCGUUCGUGCUUACAAUGCAUGUUGCAUUUCUUGCUGGGUUCUCGAUGUCCUUUCUUCUUGCUGUCGUUGCAAGCCGUACUCUCUUUGGCGGGAGCCACGGGCUGUGCCAGAUGCCGCAGAUAUCUUGCAGGUGCUUGGCCCGAACUUAA